CAGCACCGGCUGCGCAGUCCGUUCCAAGACAAGCCUCCCACUGACCCAACCCAGGCGAAUGUCACCCUCGCGCCUACAAGUGACUCUCGUAGCUAGCCAAGUCGGUUAUCGAGCGUUGAACCUGUGCUAGCAUGCUAACACUGGGGUCCAAUAUGCCAUCAUGGCCACCCACUGGACUGCUCCAUCACCAUCCAGGGGGACGCCCGUGUGUCGCGCAGCCAAUUUCCCGAACCGAUGAAACACGGGGGUGAAGCGGAGGCUGAGCAAAGUCGACCGCCUCGACCACUACGACAUGAGCCAACUGACUCCUGUCCUUGCUUUUAUUCAGCUUUGCUCCGCCUCGCUCACUCGCGACUGAAAGGUUUUCUCCUUCACUGCACUCGUUUGGUAGUUUCUUCUGCACACCACCUCCAGCUGGCCUGUUGUUUGGGAUUUUAUCAUUCCUCGUCGCUCACUUGACUCGAAAUACUAUUUCGGUGCUCACCCACAGUCGCUCUUUUACGACAUUUGGUAGGAUCUCGCGACGAACGCCCGAGAUACAAUAUCCAGCAUCUCUUGUGAAGCAAACAAGUGUCGAACCGAACCACACCAAAUAUGCCUUCUCUCGCCGCUUCUUUCCUCGCUGCCGGUCUGGCGACUUUGGCCCAGGCAUACACCGCGCCUGGUGCACAGACCUGGGGUCCAUUGCUCACCCCAGAUACGUCACAUGCUGUUACUCAAGGCAAAGACUUCACCGUGACCUGGGAUCCUGAAGACCACCCGACCGACGGCGUCACAGUCAGUCUCGUGCUCUGCCACGGACCCAGCACCAACUGUGUGCCCUCGGACUCGGCCAUUGCAUCAGGGAUCCCCGCCGCGCAGAAGUCCUUCGACUGGCAAGUCCCAUGCGACUUGGCCCCGGGCACUGAAAACACCGAUACUGGAUAUGGAAUGCUGAUCAUUGUCGACGGCACUGGCGAGUUCCAAUAUUCGACUCAAUUCUCCUGCCUCGAGAACAAGAGCUGCUCCAGCUCUGGCUCCAGCUCCAGCUCGAGCACACCCUCUCUCGGUAUUUCCAUCUCGGCCUCCGUCUCCGUCAGCGGCACUGUGACCGUCACCAGCGGCGGCGCCACCUCCAUCAUCCUGGGCCCCCCGGCGUACCAGACCGGCUCCAACACGUGGGGCGCGUCGGGCAACUCGACGUGGGCCACCACCGCGACGGCUACUGGCAGCAGCUGGGCCAGCGCCACCGUCACCUCGGUGGUGGGCACCUACAGCAGCGGCCUCUACAGCACCCUCCCCGGCACCACGGUCAUCGGCAGCACCCUGGCCACCGCGACCGUCGAGACGACGGGCGCUGGGCAGAGCUCGGGAGCCGCCUCCGCACCAGCCGCCAGCGCGUCCACCUUCGCCGGUGGCGCUGGGCAGGUCGGCUACAGCGCCGCGGGCCUGGUGAUUGCCGGCGCCGUUGCUGUGCUCGCGUUGUAAGCGCGCCCGCGAGAGAGAGAGAGAGAGAGAGAGAGAGAGAGAGAGAGAGAGAGAGAGAGAGAGAGAGA